AACGUUAUAAACUCUUGUUCUGUCUGACGUAAAGCUAACAAUAGUUUUCUUCAAAAAGAUUAAAGAUGAGAUCAAAGAAGUUAGCGAUGUUGGUGAUCUUGGCUUUAUUGCAUCUCCUCUACAUGGAAGCUCCAACAUCUACUCUCUCUGAUGACGAUAAACCACCGUUCAAACAAAACUUGCCUCUUCCUAGAAUAAAACAACCGUUCAAACAAAACGUGCCUCUUCCUAGAACCAGGAGUACUACUAGUAGGAGCAUUGUCUCGGUUGUGGUCCUUGAUCAACAAGAAAAAGAGGAGUCAGAUCCGUUGGUACCUCCUCCUAAAGCCACCAAGAGCGAGAGAAUCAGCUGGUUCAGGAGAAAGCUACCUGAGCUGGAGAUACUGAAGUCAACAACCAAGAGCAAGAGGUUCCACGGAAGAGUCUUGGAGUUGUACAACAAGAACUGCUCAGCUCAGUUCUUCAUGGUUUGGCUAUCUCCCGCAAAGUCCUUUGGACCAAGAGAGAUGCUAGCUGUUGACACCCUCUUCACCACCAACCCUGGUGCUUGCUUGGUGAUUUUAUCCAACUCCUUAGACUCACCAAGAGGAUCCACCAUCCUUAAGCGCUUGCUUGACCAAGGCUUCAACCUAGUAGCUGUGACACUAGACAUCCCGUUCCUCGUCAAGAACACUCCAGCAGAAGCUUGGCUUAAGAAGCUAAAAAGCGGUAAGAUGGAUCCUGGCUCCAUCCCUCUCUUCAUGAAUCUCUCUGAUCUGACAAGACUUGCGGUGCUCUACAAGUACGGAGGAACCUAUUUAGACACAGACAUCAUCUUCCUCAACUCCAUGACUGGACUGAGAAACGCAAUAGGUGCACAGAGUUUGCAUCCUAGAACCAAGAGAUGGACAAGGCUAAACAACGCGGUGAUGGUCUUUGACCUCCACCACCCUCUUAUGCGUGAGUUUUUGCAAGAGUACUCAACAACUUUCGACGGUAACAGAUGGGGAUACAACAGUCCUUACCUAGUCUCUAGAGUUAUCAACAGGUUAGGAGGACGCAAACCUGAGUACAAUCUAACGAUCUUUCCACCGGAUGCUUUCUAUCCAGUGAACUGGCUUAAGAUCCCAAGUCUUUUCAAGAAACCGGCAACUACAAGAGAAGCAAAGUGGGUGGAGAAGACGGUGCAAGAUAUGAAGGAAGGGAGUUACAUGAUACAUCUGUGGAAUAAAGUCACAAGGAAGAUGAAGAUUGAAGAAGGAAGCGUCAUGCAUAAACUCAUCUCCACACACUGCACAGUCUGUGGAAACAUUACUGAGUCUCACACUUAAAAGAUCCAAGCAGAGACAAAGAUUAUGUCCCGACCCAAUACACAGGUUUUAUAAGAAAAGGUGCUUUUUGCCGGUAAGUAAGCUUGUUUAUAUCAAUAAAGGCAAAAGGUUUUUGAAUAUUAUAAAGACGCGUUAGCACUUUCGUUUUUAAUUCAUUCAUAUGUAAU